UUCACCCAAAACAACAAUGUGAAAUCAGACAUUUUAACAAUGUCUUUAAUACCUUUCUGGACCUUGAAUGACAGCAAUUACGUUGAUUUCUAUAGGGAAUUAAAAAAAACUUGGAUAUCAUCAAAAAUAUCUUAAUUUGUGUUCUAAAGAUGAACGGUUUGGAACAACACAAGGGUGAGGAGGCCUACUUAAUGACAGAAAUUUAAUUUUUGGGUGAACUAACCCUUUAAUUUCUUUUCGACAGAAGAAAUAAAGACAUGAACAUCUUGGAUGACAUAGGGGUGAAUAAAUUAUCAGUAAAUUUUAAUUCUGAAGUGAACUAAUCCUUUAAGAUGAGGAGUGGAACUUUAUUUUUAUUUUAUUAUUAUGAAUUUUUUUUGUUUUGUUUUUUGUUUUGUUUUUAUAAAUGAGUGUGUGAUUAGGUUGAAGAUGUGCUAACAAAAGAAUACAUUUUCUUCUGUUCUACUUCUCUAUAUGCUUUUAACCAACAUCAUAAACUGGACACAGUUGUUUCUAAAUUUCUUUAGCCAAAUAAUUACGCUAAAAAUAAGUGCAUAUGAAAAAUGAGCAUUAUUGUUUUCUGACGUCAGUAAAUAUUUUUUAAAAAAGGUAUUUUUAAAUUUUAGAAGUAUUUUAACUAUUCAGUUCAUCAUUCGUAAUCAGGUAUCAGGAAAAUUAGAUGAGUUCGUGGGAACGUCACACUGAAUGGAACGUCGUCGCAUAGCGACCAAGUAAACAGUGUUUCUGUGGACAGCAAUGCCGCGGGGAUUCGGCUAUAAAGCAGAGAGCAGGAGACUGACUCUAGCAGCAGUAGCACUACAGGACCAUAUCACACGAAGUGUUUCUAUUCAAAACAUUCCCCAUAACCUCCCCACAUCAGACACUUAUUGUCCCACUGGUUGUGGGGCUGCACAUGUUAAUAGGAAGCACAAAAACCACAACACAAGGCAGAGAGUCAGAUAUCCUGAGCGGACACAAGGACAAGAGGAGAGAGAAUAUGUGCUGGAUCACGCCCCUCCACCUCUGACUCUUGCCCAAAGGAUGGGUCUGGUGGCAGCUCCCUCAAGAAGACUAACAGCAGAGGAGUGGGAAGAGGUCAAAACCAGGUCCAUCCAGGAGGGAGAUUCAACCCAGCCCUGUGUGAUAUGCAGGGAGGAGUUUUGUCUGCAACCACAGGUCCUACUCUCCUGUUCCCAUGUAUUUCAUAAAGUGUGUCUGAAGUCUUUUGAGAAGUUCUCAGGCAGGAAGAGCUGCCCGAUGUGUAGGAAGGAGCAGUAUGAGACAAGGGUGAUCUAUGAUGGUGCUCGGCUCUAUCGAGAAAAGUGUGCUCUCAGAAUACAGGCUUUCUGGCGUGGCUACCUUGUUCGCAAAUGGUACAGCAACAUAAGGAAACACGUGCCUCCGAAAGACCAACAAUUAAGACGAAGAUUCUUUGAAAAAAAGUUUCAGGAGAUGAACGACAGAUUGGUGCAGUCAUGCAGCACAGACGUGGAAGCGUUCCUGAACGAUAUCGAUCGCUCUGUGGCCAUGAGCCACGACAUCCUGCGCCACUUUGACAUCAAGUGCGCAAGUGUUUCUGAAAUGGAGGAUAAGGACUGGCUGGAAGCUCAAGAGAAGGCUGUCCAGCGAGGCGUUCAGGACUGCGCCAUUUGCCUGAACUGCUUAAGCUCACACAAUGGCUCAUCGAAGAAAGACAGAGACAUCCUUUUAUUAUCCUGUUCCCAUAUCUUCCACGAACCCUGUCUGCAGGCCUUUGAGCUUUUCUGCCAGGAGGUCAAACCCAAAUGUCCUCUCUGCCGGUCACACUAUGCUAAAAUGCUUGUUUCUAACUGAAGCUCACUAUAUUUAUUACAUAGUCCUCCUGAUGUUCUAGUGUAUUUACUUAAUGAGACAAAUUAAAAUUCCUCCACAUCACACAAAGUCUGAAUUUCUGGUUUUACAUCAUGAUACGGUCCCAAAAAAAAAAAAAAUAAAAAAAAAAAAAAAACGUCAAAAGCCACAAACUUUAUUGUAAACUGAAAUGAAAUACAAAGUAAACUAAAGAGAAUCUGAACAUUUUGCUUCACGAACAUAUGCAAUUAAACACUAAUGAGAGAAAAAAACAUUCUGAAAAUACAUUCACACAUGUAAAAGAAGCAACAGGCAAAAAAAAAAAAAAAAAAAAACAGAA